AUGUACUUUACAGAGUUUGAAAAUUGCAUCCGUAAUUCUGGGGAAUCUAUCAGGGACUAUGCUUGCCGGUUAAAGAAGCUUUACUCGUUUGCCUACCCAACGGAAGUAGGAAAGACAAUUGAUGCAGAUGUCCUCAAAUUAAGAGAGACUUUGUUAAUGGAUGACUUUCUGGGAAGGUUAAAACCCAACCUACGCGAAAGAAUGAGUUUUAAAGACUAUAGGAACUUAAAUGACCUGGUAAAAGCAACAGAAAAAUGUGCAGCUAUCUUAAAUGAAGCAAAACUAGAGAAACGGAGUGUCGAAUUUUUCAACACUGUUUCGGCAAAUGCCAAUGCCCAGGAAUUUAGGGAAACAAAAAACGAGAUUUUAGAACUAAAAUCAGUCAUUGAGCAGCUUUCGCAGAAAAUGAAAGCCACCCAACUUGCAGAUAAGAGUCACGAAUCAAUCAAUGCCGUCGCCACGGGCCAUAACGCCCAAUUAGCGGAAAGCAAACAGGAAAUAGAGGAAUUGAAAAACCUUUUGACAGCUAGUAAUAAGAGUUAUAGCGAUAUGAUGAAACGGUCCAGAGACUCAGAGAAAAUGAUGAGAAAUCUGCAGCUUCAGGUCGCUGGUAUGAGCCAAGCGAUCCCCCAGGCUCAACCAAUGAGACAGUAUAAACAAAGUCACAGUGGCCUGGUUGCAGACAAUAGUGCUCGGUUUCCGCAUCAACCACCAGUACAUCGUAAUCCACCACCAUCUUACAAGGAUCAUCACAAUAAUCCGGUUAAUGGACCCCCUCAAAGAGGAGAGCGUUAUUGUGCAUAUUGCGCAAAUAACGGCAGGAACCCAACAACUCACAACACUGACAAGGGUGGGUGGGGACCAAACGGGCCAACCUGCUUCAAAUGCCAUCAAGGUGGGCACAUUGCGCGUGAUUGA